AUGUACUGCAACAAGCUACCAGACUGGUUCACGGAGUGGCCGGCGGAAGCACUCAAGGGUGUCGCAAUGGCAAUGAUGACAGCAACUGACCUCGAGCUCGGGGGUGCUUUGGAAGGGAUUGUUGAGAUGUUCAGGGUUGUGCACCAGUCGGUAGAAACAGUCGGCAAGGAGUUCUACGAGUUCUUGAGGAGGCGAGUCUGGGUCACGCCGAUGAGCUACUUGGAGCUGCUGGGUUCUUUCAAGAGACAGCUCACCAAAAAGCGCGAAGAAGUCGGGAGGAAUCGAUCGCGCCUCCAGGUGGGCCUAGACAAGCUGAGCAGCACCAAGGAAGUCGUGGCAACAUUGCAAGAGGAGCUCACCGUCUUGCAGCCGCAGCUAGUCAAGACCAUGAAAGAGGUCGAAGACAUGAUGGUCCAAAUCAACUCCGACAAGGAGGAAGCCGAGGUAGUCAGGGUCAAGGUUGAGGCUGAAGAAGCGACGGCCAACGAGAAGGCCGCCGCGACGAAAGCGAUCGCCGACGACGCUCAAAGGGACCUUGAUCUGGCUCUCCCCGCUCUAGAGUCGGCCGUGGCGUGCCUCAACUCCCUCAAGAAGGCGGACAUUGACGAGGUGAAGAGUCUUAAAACACCCCCAAAGGGCGUGAAACUGACAAUGGAGGUGUGUUGCAUCAUGUUCGAUGUCAAGCCCAACAAGGUCAAAGACCCUGACAGCGGCAAGAAGGUGGACGACUUCUGGGAGCCUGCGAAGAAGCAGCUGCUGGCGGACGCCAAGGGGUUCAUGGACUCCCUCGUCAAGUUCGACAAGGACAACAUCCCCGACAGGAUCAUCAAGAAGGUGGAACCAUUUAACAACAACCCGGACUUCACGCCGGAGCAGAUCGAGAAGGCUUCCAAAGCCUGCACGGCUAUCUGCAUGUGGGCCCUCGCCAUGUACCAGUAUCACUUCGUGGCGCUGGGAGUAGCACCAAAGCGAGCCGCCCUUGCAGAGGCGCAAGAGGGCCUCGACAUCGUAAUGGCGCAGCUCAAGGACGCUAAGGCUAGGCUAGCGGGGGUGCAAAAACGACUCGCGGAGUUGCAGAAGGGCUUCGACGACGCGGUGGCAAAGAAACAGGAACUGGAGCAGAAGGCCGAGCGGUGCGUUGUACAGCUCUCCAACGCGGAGAAGCUGAUCGGAGGGUUGGGUGGGGAGGAGAAACGUUGGAAGGACACAGUGGCAACGCUGACCCUUGCCAUGGACAAGCUACCCGGCGAUGUCGUCAUCGCGUCUGGCACUCUGUCCUACCUCGGGCCAUUCACAGCGGAGUACCGCGCGCGCAUCGCCGACGGCUGGGUUCAGGCCCUUGUGGAGAAAGGUUUGGACCACACAGAGGGCACGGACAUGGAGGGCACCCUUGCGGACCCUGUCAAAAUACGACAAUGGCAGAUGUGCGGGCUUCCCCCAGACUCGCUGUCUUCGCAGAACGGCAUUAUCAUGGACACGGCUAGGCGAUGGCCUCUGUUAAUCGACCCACAAGGACAGGCCAACAGGUUUGUGAAGAACCUGGGUAAAGACACAACGCUGUGCCCAAACGGCAUGGACGUGGCAAAGUUGACGCAAAAGAAGGUAUUGCAGAUUCUGGAGAACGGCGUGCGCUUCGGAAAGUGGGUGCUGCUGGAAAACAUCGGGGAGGAACUGGAUGCGGCCCUUGAGCCUAUCCUGUUGCAGCAAAAGUUCAAGCAGGGUGGUCAAGACAUGAUCAGACUGGGCGACAACACAGUGCCGUACAACGAUCAGUUCCGGCUACUGAUGAUCACCAAGCUGCCCAACCCGGAGUACGCCCCAGAAGUGCAGGUGAAAGUGUCCUUGCUGAACUUUACGAUCACCAUCAAGGGCCUGGAAGAACAACUUCUCAACACCGCCGUGAAGGAGGAACUCCCGGACCUUGCCCAGAAGAAGGAAGAGCUGGUCAUCAACGGUGCGGCCAUGAACAUCGAAUUGUACGGAAUCGAGAGCCAGAUCCUUAAGCUCUUGAGCGAGAGCGAAGGAAACAUCCUCGACAACACGGCUCUCAUCGAAACCUUAGCGGAGGCCAAGGUGAAAUCGAGUGAGAUCAAGGAGAAGAUGGGCGAAGCGGAAGAGACGGAAAAGGAGAUAGAGGCGAGAUCCAACGAGUACCGACCGGUUGCUAAACGAGCCAGUCUCCUCUACUUCUGCUUGGCGGAUCUCGCGGUGAUCGAUCCAAUGUACCAGUACGCCCUGCCGUGGUUCAGUGCAUUGUUCUGCAAGUCUAUCGGGCAGGCUCCGCCUGCCCCUGACCUCGAGGGGCGGCUGCGCAGCCUGAACGACUGCUUCACGGCGGCGGUGUACGUGAACGUGUGCAGGAGCUUGUUCGAGGCGCACAAGCUGCUCUUCAGCUUCCUGCUGGCAAUCAAGAUCUUGCAGGGAGACGACCGAAUAGAUCCUACCGAGUGGCGUUUCCUCAUCUCCGGGAUGUCCCCGGGGCAGUCGUCUAUGGACAACCCGGACCCCUCCUGGAUCGAGGUGAACGUGUGGGGGGAGGUCAAGGCCCUCUGCGGGAUCCAGUACUUCAAGGAGUUCGCGGCGGUGUUCGCGCAAAGAACGGUGACUUGGAGAAGAGUAUUUGACUCGAACGAGCCGCACGCUGCGACGUUCCCGGCCCCAUCGCACGAGCUGCCGAGGAAGGCGGGAUCGGCCAUCUUCGGCGUUGGGAGCUACCCGGAGAAGGACGUAGAGGGAUGGCUGCGUAGAAUGUGCAUCCUCAGGUGUCUUCGAAGGGACAAGAUGACGGAAGCAAUGCAAGCCUUCGUGGUCGACGUCAUGGGUCCCUUUUUCGUCGAGCCCCCGACCUUCGACCUGAAGGGUUGCUACGAGGAUUCCUCGGUUACCAUGCCGCUCAUCUUCGUACUCAGCACGGGCUCGGAUCCUAACAAGGACUUGUUUCAGCUGGCGGAGGACAUGGGAAUGACGGACAAGAUGAGAAGUAUUGCCCUGGGGCAGGGGCAGGGAGGGAUCGCUGCGGCGAUGAUUGAAAAGGGAGUGUCAGAGGGCAACUGGGUGUUGCUCCAAAACUGCCACCUUUCCAUUUCCUGGAUGCCCGAGCUGGAGAGACUUUGCGAGGAGAUCAGUCCGACGCAGACCCACCAGGAUUUCCGGCUGUGGCUUACGUCCAUGCCUAGCAAGUUCUUCCCGACAGCGAUCUUGCAGACUGGAGUUAAGAUGACGAAGGAGCCUCCCAAGGGGCUUCGAGCUAACCUCAAGGCCACGUACUCCAAGAUGGACGACGACAAGCUCAAGCGCACGUGCAAGCCCGAAGAUUUCCGAAUGAUGCUAUUCGGUCUUUGUUUCUUCCACGCGUUGGUCGUGGAACGGAAGAAGUUCGGACCCCUUGGUUGGAACGUUCCGUACGAGUUCAACGAGACGGACCUAGACAUCUGCAUCGCACAGCUGGAGAUGUACGUCGACGAGUAUGCCGUCAUCCCUUACCAGGUUCUUCGACAAUUGACAAGCGUAGUUAACUACGGUGGCCGCAUCACCGACGACAAGGACAUGCGAACCUCGGACAUUAUCAUUGCAGGGUUCUACAACCCGGAAAUUCUCUCGAAGGACUUCAGCUUCAGUCGGUCUGGCCGGUACGGCUCGAUCGAACCGGAUCCAGAUAACCCCCAGCAAAGCUACCUCGACUACAUCGAGUCCUUUCCGCUCAACGCUGAACCCGAGGUGUUUGGCAUGCACGAAAACGCGAACAUCACGUGCGCAAUCGCGGACACAGAGAUGAGCUUCUCGAUCGUCUUGUCCAUGCAACCGAGGACGGGGGGCGGUGGCGGGGCCUCUCGCGAAGAUCUCAUUGGGGGCAUUGCCAAGGACAUGGAAGAUCGGCUUCCCGCAGCUUACGAUGUGGAGGCCGUGGGGAUGGCCUACCCAACCUCGUACGGCGAGAGCAUGAACACCGUGCUGGUUCAAGAGCUGCAGCGGUACAACAACCUUACAGUCGUCAUUCGAGCUACGCUCAAGGAGGUCCAGAAAGCUCUCAAGGGUCUCGUCGUUCUCAGUGCGGAGCUAGAGGCCAUGGGCAAUAGCAUGUUUGACCAAGCCGUUCCGGCGGUGUGGCAGUCGAAGGGCUAUCCUAGCCUCAAGCCCCUGGGCCCUUGGUACCAAGACCUGCUGGAUCGGCUGGGAUUCAUGACGAGCUGGGUCGACAAUGGGAUACCACCGGUGUUUUGGAUCAGUGGCUUCUUUUUCCCCCAGGGCUUUCUCACUGCUGGGCAGCAGAAUUUCGCGAGAAAACAUGACGUACCGAUCGACUCCACCACAUUCGCCUUUCACUUCAAGGACGAGCCGCGCACCGCGCUCUCAACGCCUGAGGACGGUCUGUUCAUCCACGGGCUUUUCUUGGAGGGCGCCUGCUGGGACAAAUCGAUGCGGACGUUGGUUGACCCUCGACCAAAGGAGCUCUUCAGCCCGAUGCCCGUUGUCCAUCUACUCCCUGAGCAAGACCGAGAGACGCCACAGACUGGGAUCUACCGCUGCCCUGUCUACAAGAUCUUGACAAGAACCGGGGUUCUCUCUACCACGGGACACAGCACCAACUUCGUUUUCUGGAUAGAGAUCCCGAGCAACAAGGCCAACACGUUCAGGGCCAGCCUCGUGUCAGAGACAAACAAACAGGUACAAUAUUGCGAUCAGGAUUACUGGAUCAAGGCCGGAGCAGCGUGCUUCUGCGCCCUGCGGUACUGAUCGGACCCUGCCUAGCUGUAGAUUUAGGGGAAUACGCAAUAGAACGCCGGUACUGGAUCUGUACAAACAUGUUUAUGUGUGUAGUUCGUGUAGCCACGUUCCAUUUUGAUCUGGGCCUGCGCUGCCUAUUCGUACGAUUGGAUCAAUUUUCUUGCCCGGUGUUGGCGAAGUUGUCUCGUUGUUCUGCGGCCCACGACAUUGGGCUCCCAGAUGAUUGGGUGAAGGGUGGAGGCGCGAUUUUUCGAACGGGCUACUCGGGGGAGCAGUUGCUGCUGAUGUGCGACCGGCAUUCUGUGAGAUGCAGAUCAAGAAAGUAUUUCUCUCUGAGGUAGACCCUUCCACGAGCAUUUUCGUUAACUCUGGCUGGCUUGUGGGUAUAAACGGCGAGCAUGGUUGUUGUCUUUUAUUCGUUAAGAAGAGAAGGGUAGGGAGAGUCUCAAGAUGUGUAGUUAGCGCCUAGGCAGAUACAGUGUGUCAUACUUUUGUCGGGG